AUGCCUACACUCGCGCAAAUACAAGAUACUAUACCUAUUUCAGAUGACGAAGAUGACGAGGAUAGCUAUGGACCAGAAUUUCAAGCUGUUUCUAGAGAUCUGGAGGAGCUAGAACAGAGGAUGAAGAAGACCAACGAGGAGAUAAAGGAAUUCGGCGAUGGCGUGGAAACAUACGCAAACCUCCUCAAAACAUAUGAGGAUGGACUGGAGGAAUCUAGGAAUAAGAAGGAGAAACUUGUCGACGAGAAAUAUGGCCUUGUGAAGAGGAAGGAAAGGCUAUUGCAAAGAAGGGCUAGGAAUCGAGCCAUAAAACUUGAAGCUCGAACCUCGGCCACUGCUUCUUCGACUCAAAGCCGCUUGGGAACCGCAGGGGAUAAAGCUGCAGUGGGCCGGGUUGUCGCAGCUUCAAAUAGCUCCGGGAGCAGCUCUAAAGCCAUAGGUAGCCAAACUACACAAGGCCGAGUUACACAAGGCCGGACUACACAGGACCGAACUCUGGCGACACCGGAUGGCUCAGGCGAUGACCUUCGAGCUGCAGAAGGUGAAGAUGUAGGGAGCCAAACUCUCACAGCUCCGAGCCCGAGUGGCCCUAGAGCUGCAGAAGGUCAUACUACAGCGGACCGAACUGUCGCACCUCUAGAUGGUUUCGCGAGCGGCUUUAGAGCUAUAGGCGGCCGAACCACACAGGGCCGAACCACGCAAGGCCAAACUUUAGCGACACCAGAUAGCUCCAGGGUCGAAAGUAAAGCUGUAAGGGGUCAAGCUCUCACAGCUCCAAGUGGCCUUGGAGCUGCAGAAGGUCAUGCUGUAGGGAGUCGAACUCCUGUAGCACCAAGUGCGAGUGGUCGGACUCCACAACGUAAGGCUGGUGGCCCGAUAUAUACUCCCUAUUAUGAGGCUUCCAAUAGCGAUUCCGAAAUAGAGGAGCCCGUUACAGCCUCCCAGUUAGUUCCGGGAAAUCGUCUGAAUAUUCCUGCAAACUCUAGGACUUUUGGUCGAAUGGAAAUAUCAAAUUUAAUUGGCGGGAAAACACAGGGGACAUGGUGCAAUAUCAAUCCAAACCGCGUCACACGGUAUAAAGCAGGGUCUUAUAUGGCUUUAAUUCGUGAUUUAAACCACCUACUCCCAACGGCGCCGGGUCUGGAUGGUGGGAUAUAUGUGGCUGAUUGGUUGAAGAAGGAGGUGGGGAAAAAAUACCAUAUAUUCAUCAAGAAAACGAGUAAUAACUGGCUAUAUUACGGCAAAUAUUUAAUCUCAUAUAUUAAAGAGAUUAGUCUUGAUGAGUGGAAGAAAUUUUCGCCAGGCGAUCAAAGAAGAUGGGCUGAGCAUUUGCUGGAACACAACUGGGGUAAAAACAUCCUUGUGAAGAAGAAAGUCUUUAAAUUAGUGGAACAUCUGAGUGUAGGAGCACAUUGGAAGGUGGUGUUGAGAUUCUUUAACCAGCCUGAUGAUCUCCCUCACCUGCGUCUCAAGCUUCUAGGACUCCAUUUCAUCGCAUAUGACAGAGAUUUAUACGAUAAUCUCGAAUCUGAAAGCCUCAAAUUAGGCCAGAGGGAUCAAAUGUAA